AAAGAGAGAGAUUUGUUGGGUGGUGAUGAGGGUUGACAGGGUCUCCUUGCAUAUUUUGGUCAAUACAUAGCAUCUUUCUCUCUCUUGUUUGAACAAACAAGAAAGUUGAAUUGGUUGGUUAAUUCUGCCAUUUUUUCAUCAAAGUAUUGCAUAUAUCAAUCAAGAAACUUGUGGGUAGAUCGAUAAGAAUGGAAGGAGUGAUAGGAUUAUUGAAGUUGCGAGUGAAGAAAGGAAUUAAUCUUGCGGUUCGCGACACCAAAACCAGCGAUCCAUAUCUAGUCGCAACCUUAGAUAGCCAGAAAAUAAAGACUAAGGUUAUUAAGGCAAACUGCAACCCUGUGUGGAAUGAAGAACUGACUCUCACCAUGAAGGACGCCAAAGCUCCAAUACACAUUGCUGUGUACGAUAAAGAUAGGUUUAGUAACGAUGACAGCAUGGGGGUGGCGGAAGUAGAUGUAAAGCCGUACAUAGAAUGCCUUAGAAUGAAGUUGGACCUGAACAAAGUCCCAAAUGGUACUAAACUUGACCGCGUUCAUCCUAGUAAGCACAACUACUUAGUUGAGGAGAGCGCAAUCGUUUGCGAGAAUGGAAAAGUGGUACAAGACAUGAUCCUAAGAUUGAGAGACGUUGAAUGUGGUGAAGUUCUAAUCCAGAUAGAGUUGGUUCCUCUUCCUGGUCGUAAAUUAAAUAUCUAGAUACGUAUAUAACAUUACGAUGGAUUCGAUCUCCUUCCUUUGGUGUGUACAAUAUAAUUCAGAAUAAUUAGCAUUGUAAGUAAACAAGAUUAUAGUGUGGUUUAAUUUACUUAGGAUGUUUUGUAGCUAUAUAUGUUUUUUUUAUGAAAGUUUGUCAGGCUUUGGAGUCGUU